AUGGGUGCUCCCCCGUUCCUCUCGCCAGCACCUCAUUUAUAUCCAGCUUGUUCCUGGCUCAACCCCCCGAGGAAGUCCCCACCCCCACUUGGCAUACAAGGCUUCCAGAAACUCCAGCCUCCCAGAUGCCGGCCUAUGUUCUUAUACAGCAUUGCGUGGGGAUUUGUGGGAGUGGGCCACUGCGUCGACCAACUCAGUCGCCUCCCACCCUCCAUGGAGCGACCCGCUCGGGGGGGCUGCCGGGGGGCAGCCCUGGGAGUGCUGCUGGCGCUGAGCGCCGCGCUCCUGGCAGUGGGCUUGGCCAGCGAGUACGACUACGUGAGCUUCCAGUCGGACAUCGGCCCGUACCAGAGCGGGCGCUUCUACACCAAGCCGCCGCAGUGCGUGGACAUCCCCGCGGAUCUGCGGCUGUGCCACAACGUAGGCUACAAGAAGAUGGUGCUGCCCAACCUGCUGGAGCACGAAACCAUGGCGGAGGUGAAGCAGCAGGCCAGCAGCUGGGUGCCCCUGCUCAACAAGAACUGCCACGCCGGCACCCAGGUCUUCCUCUGCUCGCUGUUCGCGCCGGUCUGCCUGGAUCGGCCCAUCUACCCGUGCCGCUGGCUCUGCGAGGCCGUGCGCGACUCGUGCGAGCCGGUCAUGCAGUUCUUCGGCUUCUACUGGCCCGAGAUGCUCAAGUGUGACAAGUUCCCCGAGGGGGACGUCUGCAUCGCCAUGACGCCGCCCAAUGCCACCGAAGCCUCCAAGCCCCAAGGCACAACGGUGUGUCCUCCCUGUGACAACGAGUUGAAAUCCGAAGCCAUCAUUGAACAUCUCUGCGCCAGCGAGUUUGGACUCUGUCUCAAAAAAAAAAAAAAAAAAAUGCCUUUGUGUGUAGUUCUAGCUCUCAGGCCUGAAGGAGAGAGGGGUGUUCGGUGUAAAAUCUUGGUUGGCACCUCCUGCUCCCCAGGCAAGGCCCCUGGGAACACUGGCCUUCACCUUGAGUGCAUGGGGAAGAGGAGCCUCUAUGUGCCUGAGAGGGUGGAGCAGAUGGAAACUGAGUUGGACGAAUUCAUUGAAGGUGAAGAAAGGGAUGACGCCAGGGUAUGUAAAGACGGAAUCCUGGAGUCAUUCCACGUUGCGUGUCUUGGAGAGGAAGGCCAGAUGGCCUGGAGCAUUCUAGUGGCCGUGACUUUUUGGGAACGGACCUCCAGUUGCCAGCAAGGAGGCCCCGUGGACGUGGAAUGA